GUAUCUGUCAAAUUCAGGUACCCGCUCCCCCCCCUCCCCAAAGGUCAGCAGUCAUCCCCUGUGCUGUCCGCAGUCUCUGGUCAUCCCUGUACUGUGUCCGCAGUCUCUGGUCACCCCUGUGCUGUCCGCAGUCUCUGGUCAUCCCUGUGCUGUCCGCAGUCUCUGGUCAUCCCUGUACUGUGUCCGCAGUCUCUGGUCACCCCUGUGCUGUCCGCAGUCUCUGGUCAUCCCUGUGCUGUCCGCAGUCUCUGGUCAUCCCUGUAUUGUGUCUCUGGUCACCCCUGUGCUGUCCGCAGUCUCUGGUCAUCCCUGUGCUGUCCGCAGUCUCUGGUCAUCCCUGUACUGUGUCCGCAGUCUCUGGUCAUCCCUGUACUGUGUCCGCAGUCUCUGGUCAUCCCUGUACUGUGUCCGCAG